AUGUCUCCAGACUGUAUUGGUGCAAUUGUAUCUGAUGGUGAUCCGACAUGCUGUCGCUUUGACAUUAUUAUUCGACAAAGAGACGGUGGCCCACAACAUAUAAACAAACUCCAUCAGUCAUACAUGCCAUUACAAUAUCCAUUACUCUUCAUUCAUGGUGAAAGUGGUUGGUCACCUGACCUCCGUCUACGUGAUAGAAACCAAUCACAAAACAAAAAGAUGACCAUGAACAUGUAUUACAGUUAUCUGCUACAUGAUCGGUCAAACGUAUAUAGUCUACUUUUAAGGGGAGGUCGGCUUUUACAACAAUAUAUUGUUGAUGCAUAUGUAUGUAUCGAGGAAAGCCGCCUUGAUUACUAUAGAAUGAAUCAAAAUGUCUUUCGUACUGAAUUCCUUCAAGGUGUACAUGACGCGGUUCAACGUGGUGAUACUGAAGGACGUGAUAUUGGCAAACGAAUUGUGUUGCCUUCGUCUUUCAUAGGUGGUCCCCGGUACAUGUAUAAACAUUACCAAGAUGCUUUGGCUAUAUGUCGAGUGCAUGGGAAUCCACAAUAUUUCAUUACUUUUACAUGUAAUGUGAAAUGGCCAGAGAUUGAAAGAUAUAUGGCAAGGUUUCCAUCCUUGAAGGCCCAAGAUCGGCCAGACAUCAUCGCAAGAGUAUUCCAACUAAAGGUUAAAUCAAUCAUGAAUUUUUUGAAGACCAAUAAACCAUUUGGUGAUGUUGCUACAGAUUUAUACACGAUCGAGUUCCAAAAGAGGGGCCUUCCUCAUUGUCACUUGCUUUUGUGGGUUACUCAGCCGUAUAGAAUAAAAGACGCAUCCGACGUUGACAACUAUAUAUCUGCUGAGAUACCAAACCCUAGAACCUCAAUUGAAGUAACAUCUUUCGACGACAGUGGAUAUGUUCAUUACAGAAGACAAUCAACUGGAUUCACUGUAACAAAGAAUGGCAUGAAAAUAGAUAACGGGUACGUUGUACCAUACAAUCGUGUCUUAUCUAUGCAUUAUAUGGCUCACAUCAACGUUGAAUACUGUGGUUGGAAAUGGUUGAGAAACAAUGAGAAAGACAGCAACGGGCGACAUCUACGCUACAUUGAUUAUCUCAUGGAAUACAGGUGGGAUCCAGCAUGCAAAUGUUGGAUGCGUAGAGUAUCAAAUAAGACACCUGCGAUAGGACGGCUCAUAUACAUACAUCUAAGUUGUGGAGAGACGUUUUUUUUUGCGGAUGUUGCUAGGUCAUCAAAGAGUGCAUGUGAAAAACUAGGGUUACUAGGAGACGACAGAGAGUGGUCAUAUACAUUUGACGAAGCUGCAGGUUGGGCCACUGCUUCAGAGUUACGUUCAUUGUUCACGCAAAUGCUAUUGUAUUGUGAGAUAUCAAACCCGGUUGAGCUAUGGAACCAGCAAUGGCGUAAGAUGGCAGAUGAUGGGCAACGGAAUCAUGACAUAGCCAACGACGAUGACUUGAGACAAUAUCUAUUAUACGAACUUGAAUUAUUACUUCGUUCAGGAGCCUCUCCUUCAUCUCUUUCUGAAUUCGGACUACCUAUGCCAAAGUCUAAUUUGCUUCAGCACUUGAAUAACAAAUUACUUAUGGAAGAAAAGAAUUACGAUAGACAAUUACUUACAUCUGAACAUGAAUCUUCUCGAGCAUGUCUUAAUUCUCGACAAAGAAUGAUUUAUGAACAUGUCAUAUCGUCUAUUUCCUCCGGAAAACAAGUCCUGGCUUUUGUUUACGGACAUGGUGGAACUGGCAAAACAUUCUUAUGGACGACGAUCAUUUCAGCGUUACGUUCCCAAGGAAGUAUUGUCCUAGCAGUUGCAGCCUCUGGCAUAGCAUCACUACUCUUACCCUCUGGUCGAACAGCUCAUUCUCGGUUUAAAAUCCCGUUAGAUAUGGCAGAUGACUCAAUUUGCUAUAUAAAAAAGAACACUCAUCUUGCCCAACUACUAAGUGAAACAUCACUUAUUAUUUGGGAUGAAGCACCAAUGAAUGAUCGAAAAUGCUUUGAAUCAUUAGACAGGUCUCUCAAGGACUUACUUAGUAACUCUGAAAGCCUUUUGGAGGAAAGUCAGUGUUACUAG